AGUGUUGUUAUGCUAAUGAUGUGUCAUCAACAGAUUUGGGUGGAAGCAAUAGAUAAUGGGCAAAAUAAACCCAGCGGACAGUUAUUGAUACUUGUCUAAGGACUUGUGCAAGUUUAACACGUAGAAUUGUGUAGUUAACAAACUGUCAUAAAGUGAAAUUUGUAGACGUAAGUUGACAAAAACAGCGCUUCUCUUCUCCCUCCUCCUCUGAACUGUUAGCAGGAAAGCUAACUGACUUCCUCGACUUCUUUUCGGCUCCUGACAGGACAGAACGGGAGAGGGAUGUCCUGCAGCUUGUUUGAGUUUUGUCGGCUCCAAGAGCUCAAAACAGUCCGGGACUUCUUGUUCCAGAACCAGAGUAAAGAGUCAGUAGAAGAGAAGACUCAAACAGCAGAAAACGAGCUUUCCUGGGAUACCUCUGACUGGGAAUCGGGAUGGGAUAACGAUGAAAAUAAGGAGGAAGAUUCUGCUUCUUCCACCAAGGCAGAGGAGGAGCCAUCGGGACAGAACCAGCCAUGGCUUCAGGACUGCGUUGUGUCCUUGUCACCCUGCGCCGACCUGCUGGUUGUGGCUCGAGAACAGAAAGCUGUUUUCCUCUCAGCAAAGUGGCGCACAGGUGACAGUGGCAAAGAGGAGAUGACCCUGGCGGUGACCUGGAGUGGACACCUCAGCACAGAAGAAGGAGAGAGAGUCAGCAGUGUCAUCGCUAUCCCCCUGGCCAGUCAGAAGAGGAGCUCCACAGGGAGGCCCGACUGGACUUGCAUAGUUGUGGGCUUCACAUCUGGUUAUGUCCGCUUCUACACAGAGAGCGGGGUUCUUCUCCUGGCCCAGCUGCUACACGUGGACCCUGUUCUGAGGCUCAAAUGUCGCACCUAUGAGAUCCCUCGUCAUCCUGGAGUAACGGAGCAGCACGAGGAGCUCAGCAUCCUUUAUCCUGCCGCUCUGGUCACCAUCGACGGCUUCAGCCUCUUUCAGUCACUGCGGGCCUGCAGGAACCAGGUGGCGAGAGCUGCAGCAGCAGGUAGUGAUGUUGUCCCCCCUCCUCCUUUGGCCUACAAGAAGUGGGGUCUGCAGGAGAUGGACACCAUCAUGGACCACAGCAGUGUGGGUGUGAUGACGCUGUGUGUGUUUGACCAAAUGAAGAAUGCGUCCAUCUUGGGGGGGUUCCAUGCAUCAGUCAAGGGGAGCCCCCCUGCCAUGAGCCAGUUUGUGACUGUAGGGGCCGGGCCGUACGCUGGAUUUUACUACGCAGUGGAGGGAAACUCUCAGCCUCUUCUGUCCCAUGUGGCUCUGGCUGUGGCCAGCAAACUCACCUCAGCCCUCUUCAACGCUGCCAGUGGGUGGUUAGGGUGGAACAAGAGCAGGAAUGAAGAGGAAGCAGCUCAGAAACAGAAACCUAAAGUGGAGCCGGCGACACCCUUAGGGAUCAGAUUUGGUCUGCCAGAUUCCCGGCGCCACGGUGAGUCCAUAUGUCUGUCGCCUUGCAACACGCUUGCUGGAGUCACGGAUGACUUUGGUAGAGUGACGCUGCUGGAUCUGGCAAGGGGUGUCGCCAUCCGCAUGUGGAAAGGCUACAGAGACGCCCAGCUGGGGUGGCUGCAAGUUCAGGAGGAGCGUGGGGAUCGGGAAUUCUCGCCCUCUGCUUCCCUCCCCAGACGUCACGCCCUCUUCCUCAUCAUUUACGCCCCCCGUAGGGGGAUCCUGGAGGUGUGGGCCAUGCAGCGGGGUCCUCGAGUCGGUGCAUUCACUGUGGGCAAACACUGCAGGUUGCUUUAUGCCGGCUACCAUCUGAUGGGAGUAAACAGUGUGACCAGUCAAGGCUGGCAGCUCCACACGCAGCAGGUGUGUCUGCUGGAUCCCACCACCGGAGCUCUGAGGACCAUCAACAUCCCCUUCCAUCUGGCCCUCAGUGAUAAAAAGAACGAGCGCGCCAGAGACAUGCACCUGCUGAAGAAAGUGAGCGCCAUACUGAAGAGCAGAGACAUGGACUCUGAUUCCUUGGAGAGAGAAACAAAAAGUGUCUUGUUGGAAAUCAAACAUCCUGCCGUUAAGAAGCAGGCUUUGGAGUCUCUACUGUCAAACAGGAACGCUCCGGUCUCUUGUCUCACUAACGUUACUAGUGCCUUACAUGAUGCUUUGAAGCAACAAGAUUCAAAUGAAGUGGAAGCAUCACUACUCCAGCUCUGCUCCUCCCAGUUGAAACUGCUCCAGCUCUACUCGGACAUCCAGCAGCUGCAGUCGGCUGCAGACUCAGAGGCCUGCUCUGCAAAUCAGGACUCCCUGGAAGGCAUAGAGGAGGAGUUGUCUCGUGUCGGCCCCGCCUUGCAGCGCUACGCACAGCUCAGCUCCAGACCCUCGGUGUCUUUUGCCCAGGACUCUCCCGACACGCCGCUGUCCGCUCAGGCUUUCCUCACUCAGCUGGAGUGUGCCGAGGACGGAGAGGUGAAGGUGAAUCGCAGGUCGGAUGCAGAGUGGAACCAGCUUGGAAAUUUUAUGUUUUGGGGUUGUUUAUGUGGUAAAAGUCCCACCCAUAAAGUGUGUGACACACUACAGCUGGCUGGCAUCAGCCCACAGCAGCUACUGUCUUUGGUAAUGAGCGUGUGGCUGCAAAGGGAGAAGGAAGUGCUUCAGAAGCCAGUGGAAACGGUCAGAAACCUGCACUCGCUGCUCAUCGCACUUAGCAACAUGGACGGUGCUGUCGAGGAGUCAUGGGAUCCACAGUCUGUCUCCCCCUGGUGGCAGCAGGUCCGAUUCACAUGCAUCCAGUCUCACAACGCGGCUGCGGCUUUACUGGCUGCUUUAGUCGCUCACCGCGCCGCCAAGGCGAGCAUCACAAGCAGGGCUGACAGCAAGCUGCAGGCAGAGUGGGAGGCCGUGUCAUUGGAGCUGGAGCAGUGGGUGGUGUGUGUCCGUCAGCUGGAGGACGUUUUGGUCCUGCAAGCUCUUCUGUUGGUGCCUUCUCCUCAGGGAACAGCAGGGGGAGCUGUAGUUCAGUGCUCCAUCAAAACGCUGCAGGAGGGAGGCAGAGGUGGUAUUGCAGACAGUGUUUCCAAGUGGGUGUUCAGGCAGAACAUGGCGCCGGAGCGACUGAAGAAAAUUCUCCAGAGGAAAGAAACUCAAGAUACAGGUGACCAAAGGAAGCAGAAAGAGGAUGGAGAAGAGACAGAGAAGUGCCAGGAGGAGGCAGACAGGACAGCAGAGCUGUUGCUGGCAGUUUGUCAGCGAUUUCCAGAUUCUUUGUCUCCUGACUUGCUCUUCGCCAACUGCUGCUGGGAGUAUGUAGUGCAAUGGAACAAAGACCCAGAGGAGGGCCGAUAUUUAUUCGUUGCUGUGGAACAUUUAAAGUCGAUCACCAGUCCUCACAUUCAACUAGGUAUUUCCACAAUGAUGUGGAGUACCUUCAUCGUCAAGCGUUUCUCAGCAGCUGCUUUCCUCAUGGAGAAGGUGGGAAAAGCACCAAAAGAUCGCUUAUGUCGACGGGACGUUGGGAUCGGAGACAAAGCCAUGACGUCGUUCCUGGGCUGCUGCGUCCAGCUGCUGCAGAUCCUCAUGGAGGCGGACUCGGCCAUGGAGGAGAUUCCAGCUCCGGAGCUUUCCGUGGAGGAGGUGUGGAGCGGAGCCGAGGGCCCCGCGUCCAUAGUUGAGCUAGCGCUGGAGCAGAGAGGCGUUCACUACCCUCUGGUGCAGCACCACUGGCUGUUGGCGUCGAUUCUGCACGCUGCCAUGAGCUUCAGCAUUAAAGUCAAACCGCUCAGUCUGUUUGACAGCAAGGGUAAGAAUGCUUUCUUCAGAGAUCUGACCACCAUCCAGCUGAUGCCCAGUGGAGACAUGGAUCCUGGGUUGGUCUCACUACGACAGGAGUUCUUCCUGCGGGUGCUGACUGGAUGGGUGCAAGCUAUAGACGACCCGUCCUGCUCCUCCCCACGGCCUGCGUCCACAUCGCUGCCCUCUGAUGGACCGAAAGCGGACUGGUGGCCCUCCCUGUGCAUGGACCUGGGAUCCCUGCUGCAGGUUAACCCAGACAUCCUGCGCCGGCACCUCGUCUGCGAGCUUUACAGCCAGGGCCUCGACCUGCGAGCUGAGGAGGCAAUUCUGCAGGUGGAAGAUAAGGAAGUCCUGGGCUCCCAUCUCUUGGUUCUGACCGGUCAGAGGCUCAGCUACUCCCUGCUUCACAACCAGAACCAGACGCAGGCUGCCAUGGAGCUGCUGGCCCGCCUGCCUCCAACCCUCUGCACCUGGUUGAAGGCAAUGGAUCCCAGCGAGUUAAGAUGCCCCCUGGUCUCUCUGCCUAAGACCACCCGACUGGUCAGCCGUCUGAUUGAAAUGCUGCCAGAGAACCACGCCCAGUACAGCCUGGCCCUGCACCUGCUGGAAGCUGUGGACGUCCUCUCUCUGUCCACUGAGGACUGAUGUCCUCUGACUCGGCACUAAAACCCCACAGCUGAACAUUCGAAAUCAUCAUCAUCAUCAUUUAAAUCAUGUUGAUUCCAAUUUAAGUCGUGUUAAAAAAAAUGGCUUUUAACUUUUUUUGUUUUGUUUUAUUAGCCCAUCAAGUUUCUGUGCAUGUAACAUAAAUGGUAUUAAAUAUUCGUGUAUUGUGUUUUCAGGAUGAGUUAUGCUGAGGAUCGGGGCAUGUUAGUUUUACUGCAUCUCAUUUUCACUAAAAAUCAUCAGUCCUGUGCGGCAUUUCAGACCCAAACCCGUCAUUACAGCUUUUGCACAGGCAACCCAUGUAUCAUAAAUGAAGAGAAGGAUGUUAUUUUUAUUUGUAUAUAUAAAUAUAGAGAAUUCUGUAUUAGCCCCAUCCUGUGUUCUGUAAUUUGAUGUCCAGCACAGAAUAAAGAAAUUUCUCAAAA